GGGCGGGACUAGCUUAGGGGUGUGGGCUGGACCCGGAGAAGGGAAAGGUGACGGAGGGAAGAGGAAGAAGUUCUGCUACAGCUGGGACGUGUGUUACUGAGGGAGGGCAGUUCGGUAAUCAGUGGCGGCUCUGGGCACCCUGAGACAGAAGUUACUACUUUGAGACAUUUCCUAUACUUUCACUAAAAGAGUGGCAGUGUGAUUUAAAUGAUGAGUAAAAGACGACGUUUCGUAAAUCCUUGGCAACCACUCAGGAGGAGGAAGGGUCUUUGUCUAUUGGCAGGUAUCUCCUGUGUGUUAUUCUUUGGCUUUCUGUUGCUGAGCAGAGGUGCAGAAGACAAUAGUAAUAACCACUAUUCUAAAGAACUGAAGGGAGAGGCUCAACAUGAACGCAGGGAAGUUAUAGAAACUGUGCUAGACUAUGAGGAAAUAAAGAAGACCGUGUAUGAAAAACCACCUUUAAAUCCUCAUUCCUUGGGAGAGUUUGGGCAUUCUGUGAAACUCAACCUUCAAGGGGAAGAAAAGAAGCUGGAGGAGGAAAGCAUCAACAAGCAUCAGAUAAACAUCUACCUCAGUGAAAAGAUCUCAUUACACCGUCGUCUGGAGGAGAGAUGGAACCCAAUGUGUAAAACUGUGAAAUAUGACUACUACAAGUUACCCAAAACUUCUGUGGUCAUUGCCUUUUACAAUGAAGCCUGGUCAACACUCUUGCGGACAGUCCACAGUGUCUUGGAAACAUCUCCAGACAUCCUCCUGGCGGAAAUCAUCCUUGUUGAUGAUUAUAGUGAUAAAGAACACCUGAAAGAGCGUUUAGAAAAGUAUAUCUCCAGUUUGAAGAAGGUACGGCUAAUCCGCGCAAACAAGAGAGAAGGUCUGGUACGAGCACGUCUUCUUGGAGCUUCAAUAGCCACAGGAGAAGUUCUAACUUUCCUUGAUUGCCACUGUGAGUGCCAUGUGGGAUGGCUGGAACCACUAAUGGAAAGGAUCCGGGAAAAGGAAACUGCUGUGGUUUGCCCAGUGAUUGACGUAAUUGAUUGGCUUACAUUUGAGUAUCUGGGCAAUGCUGGAGAGCCUCAGAUUGGAGGAUUUGAUUGGAGACUUGUCUUCACUUGGCAUGUAGUACCUGAGAAAGAACAAAGACGCAGACGCUCUCCUAUUGAUGUCAUAAGUUCUCCAACCAUGGCCGGUGGGUUAUUUUCUGUCAGUAAGAAAUAUUUUGAAUACUUGGGAUCGUAUGAUACUGGAAUGGAAGUAUGGGGUGGAGAAAAUCUUGAAUUUUCAUUUAGGAUCUGGCAGUGUGGUGGAACCCUUGAAGUUCACCCAUGUUCCCAUGUGGGACAUGUCUUUCCCAAGCAAGCCCCAUACUCUCGGAGUAAAGCUUUGGCAAACAGCGUGCGUGCAGCAGAAGUUUGGAUGGAUGAUUAUAAAGAGCUUUACUACCAUCGAAACCCUCCAGCCCGCUUGGAGCCAUAUGGAGAUGUGACGGAGAGAAGACAGCUAAGGGAGAGACUGAAGUGCAAAUCAUUCAAAUGGUUUUUGGAGACUGUUUUCCCAGAGCUCCAUGUCCCUGAGGACCAACCUGGCCGCUUUGGAAUGCUUAAAAAUAAAGGAAUGGAGAACUACUGCUUUGACUACAAUCCUCCAAGUGAGAAUGAAGUCACAGGACAGAAGAUUAUCAUAUACCCAUGCCAUGGUAUGGGACAAAAUCAGUUCUUUGAAUACACCACUUAUAACGAGAUCCGUUAUAACACUCGUCAUCCUGAAGGCUGUGCAACCGCAGAUCAAGAUUCAGAUCACCUGACAAUGUUCUUAUGCCGGGAAAAUGGUCAAAAUGUGCCUGAAAACCAGAAGUUUAUUUUCAAAGAGGAUGGUACCUUAAUACAUCUGCAAACACAGAAGUGUGUACAAGCUGAAAGAAAUGGUAAAACAGGAAAUGCUGAACUUGUGCUAAGACCAUGCUCGGAGUCUGCUCUUCAGAAGUGGUUUUUCCAAGAGAGCAGCUGAACCAAAAGCAUGUGGACUGGUGUAGCCACUAAUGAUUUUCUUCUCAGAAGACUAUGUCAAAGAAUAUAUUCCAGGAAUCGUUGGAGUCUAUACUUGUCUUUUUUGUAUUUGGCAGCUAUGGGAUGUCACUGGCAAAUGCUUGUCCGAAAUCUAUGCAAUAGGUACUGUCAAGAUGUUUGUAGCCGCAAACCUGAAUGUUUAUAUUUUUCUAUUUUGUACUGUGCCUUUUAGGAAUAUGGGGUGGUGAAAGACUUAAACUGUUCCAAAAUGUAUAAACUACAGGAAUGUAGUACUUUUUAAAGGCUAGAAGUCUUUAGUGAAGAAAAAACAGAAGAAUAAUUACUUCCCCUGCAAAAUAAGAAUGUAAUGGAAAUGUGUUGAUAGGUUCUAAAUCGGGUAAAUUGUAUUUGUGAAAAUUGUUUGUUUGGAUGCUGAUUAAGCAACUUUUUAUGUUUCUUCCUUCCUUUAUUGCUGAGAACUGAAUAUCUCCAUUCUGAUCUUGAAAAUCUACUCAGGGUUAUGGUAUGUUGUACCUGUCACAGGAGAGACUGCGUGGUGUUCAGAAUUGAUUAUACUAAGUCACUGUAGACUUGUAUUAUCUUGCAUUAUUAAUUCCCUUUGAUCUUCAAUAUAAACUUUCAAUGAUUAGUUUCAUAAAAGUUAGACGUUUAUUUAUAAAGUUAUGUAGUAUUAGAAGAAAGUAGGUGUUUAAUACUAUAUAUUGAGAAAACGGAUUGUUUUUUUUUAUUGACCAGAACAUUUUAGUUUUUCUUAGUAAUUUAUAUAAAUACAGUGUGAUCAUGCAAUAUGAUAUGCUGCUUGUAAACCAUGUAAUUUUCUAGAGGCAAAACUGCACAUCAGAUUGCAUGGAAUGGUAAGGGCUUAAGCUGCUGUUCGGAGACCAUGCUGGGUAACAAACAGCCUCACGUUUCACGCUGCUAUGUGGUUGUGACAUGCGAGAGAGCUCAAACCUCAUGCUGUUCCAGUUAUCCCAUGUGCCAGAAAGCCAAACAAUUACAAGUAAUGGGGAACAUUAUCUCUACCUACAUUCCCUAGUAGUCUAGCCUACUUAGAAUAGGGCCCACACCUCUUGGGGACUGACCCCCCCCAAAAUGGUUAGACCUGUGCACAUAGAGCAUGUUGUCCCAGCUGUGUAGCACUGAGCUCCAGGUUCCCAUGGCUUUUGGGUACCAGAGUAAACGUGACAAAAUAUAUUACAUGCUGUUGUAGUACUAAGAGUGCCUGCAGGCGUGAAUUCUUAUUGCCCUAAUAAAAAUAAAACACUAGUGCCUUGUGAUAUAUUAAUAAAAUAUUUUUGCCCCCAUAACAUAUGGAAGAAAUAGUAGUGUCUGUGUUAAAAAGAAUAAAGUAAUGUUUGCCACUAAAUAAAUACAUUCAUUAUUUCCCUCCAUAAUCCAUAAAAAAAUGUUUUCUUCUAAGAAAUUUGUUCCUGAAAUACUUCCAUUUUUCAUGGUCCAGUGUAAUCCAAGGGGACGAUGGUAAUUAAUAUGGAAAAGAAAAAAACCCACAUGGAGUAGACCGCACACUGCUAAGGAGCAAAAUUAAUUGAGCUAUAACGAAUUGGGGUCGUUAACAACCAGGCAGCAAAUACGAUUGGGGGGGGGGGACUAGGAACGAAACCGCAAUCAAUAAGUAUAUAUGUAAGAGAGUUAAUGUAUGUAUAUAUUUGUAAGAAAUACCUACACUUAUCAGAGGGAACAAUGGAGACCGGAGAACAGAUGUACACUGGUGACACGGAUAGUGCUUGGCAGAGAGAGCGAGGGAAGAGGGCCCUAGGGCGGAGGGGUUAGACUCUAUGGGGGGGUAACUGGUUGGAUAAACAGAGGUAAGGAGUAGAGAGUUAUGAUAGCUGAUAGGCUUGUAUGAAAUCGCGAGUCUAGAGAGCUAAUUUAAAGGAGUGUAGGCUGUCUGAAAGUCUGAUAGAGAGAUGGAGUAAGUUCCAGAGCGGUGGGAAGACGCAUGAGAAAUCUCAGAUGCAGGAAUGAGAGGAAGUGAGCUGAUGUGAGAAGAUGGCAGGAGCGAGAGUGCACAGAAAUAAGGUUGGAAAUGUAGGAGGAAGAGGACCAGAUGGGGAGCCAGUGCAGCAAUUGGCAAGAGGGGGAGGCUGACACCGAGUGGCAAGGGUGAUAGAUGAGCCUGGCAACUGCAUUCAUGAUAUGUUGAAGUGGGGAGAGAUGAGAGAGGAAGGUCAGAGAGAAGGAUAUUGCAGCAAUUAAGGUAAGAAAUAAGUGCAUGAAUAAGAGAUUUGGUGGUGUCCAUUGUGAGGAAAGGGAGGUGAGUAUGGUGCGGUCAAUAGAUAGAGUGGGGAGAAGAGGCUGUACUGGAUGAAGUUUGGUUUUAGACAUUUUGAGUAUGAGCAAUCUAGGACAUCCAGAAGGCGAUGAUAGAGUUGGAGCUCACCUGCAUAUAGAUGGUGCGUACUGUAGAGAUAUAAAUAAAUAGAUACAUACAUAUAUUUGUAGUAAUGGCCGACACUCCCCUGUGACAGAUAAGGUGCUCUCCGGUGCCGCCCAGCAGCAGCAGCAACAACAACACAAGAGUCUCACCUUGACAAUGUGGCGUGAGUGGCCCCAAAACAUUGGUGCUUUAUAUACCAUUCAAGUGAUUAAGAGUCUCAGAGUGCCGCCUCUUUUUUUCUUGCAUGUAUAUGCGUGUGUGUAUAUAUCUAUAUCUAUAUAUAUAUAGAUAUAUAUAUUUGUGUGUAUAUGUAUAGCAAAAGUCAAUUAUCAUAUACUCCUAUAUAAUUAUAAGUGCUCAUUUUCCUCAAAAACUUGUAUUUGACCUCUGAUACCUGUAGGAUAAAAUAAAACCAGAUGGAAUUAUUUUACGAUGAUCAAAUUUAGUUAUUUAUUUAUAAACAAUAUUUUAACAAAAACAAUUCUAUUUUAUAACCCAGAGCAGUCCCACACAUAGGGGGUUGCUCAGUACGGAUUGCACAUUCUGCCAAAAAGCAGAAUGUGCAAUCCGUUCUUUCGCAUGCUGGGGACCGCCCAUCGCAGGGCAAGGCCGCCCAGCAUGGUAAAUGGCCUGCUCUGUGGUUGCGACCGCAAUUAAAGUGCAGUCGAAGCAACUGUGGAUGACCCCCUACAGCUGCAGCUAGGCUGCGUAUGCAGGCAGUUCACCACCAUUUUCUUGAUCGGUGCGACUGCGCGUGAUGACACUCAGCCACCCCAAAAACGCUGCCAAUACACCCUUGUUUCCGCGACUACACCCCCUGCCCCGCGAACACCUCUGCCUGUCAAUCAGGCAGAGGCGUUCUCAGUUAAUGUGAUCCAAUCGCAUUAACUGCGGGUGCACGCGAAGAACGGGACCUGCAUGUGCAAAGUGCCGCCGGGGUUAUUUUACAAUAAUACAGUAUGAUCACAUUUACACGGACAGUGAUCUCUACUUGCAGGAAUUUAUUCAGAAAAUCCCUGAGUGCAAUGACCAUUUUCCUCUCUCCUCAAAACUGAAAUCUGAACUUUUUAAAACAUUAGUUUCUUUUAUUUAAAUGUUGGUUCGCUGAAAUUGCUGUGUGAAGAAUUUAUGAUAUAAGUGCCUUACAGAAGUUUACAAGUUAAUGUUUUGUAUUCAAAAAAGGGUGAUCAAUUCUGGGUUUGAUUACCAUGACUGUUAAUGUUUGGAUUGGCUGAAUUUGGCUAUGUAUGUAAAAUUGAUGAUUUAUUUUUGUUGUUUAUUUAUAUCUGAGGCAAAUCUAGUAUAUAUAGUGGUAAAAUGUUUGUUUUUCUAUCAGCACUCUAAAGCUGGAUACACACUGAUUUACGUGCAUUAGUUCUGACAUGGAAAUUCUGUGUACACACUGGAACUAGUUUUAUGAAGGAUGGAACGAUCAUGUUCCAUCUUUCAUAAGCAUAAGGUCGCUAGCGAUAUUGCUAGGUUUGAUUUACAACACAUCAAACCUAGCGUCCGUUGUUAGCGACAGUUGGAGCACGCAGUCGCUUGUACACACAAAGAUUUAAUCGAUUUUAUUGUUACGGAACGGCAUCACUCCAGUGUAUACCCGGCUUAAGAAAUGUUAUGUUUUAUUUUCUUUUAUGGAAUUUCUGGAAGAUUAAUUUACAAUAAACAAUUCCAUUUCUGUAAACCUUCUGCAAAAUCAGUUUUAUUUAUGGAGAAAAUAAGCCAAUUGCCUAACUCAAAUAAUGAAUACUUUGUGGAUGAAAUGUUGACAUACAGUAUGCCACAAUAUGAGGGAUAUUAUUUCGACAAGGGGUAUUAUUUGAUUGAUACCUAAAUUAAUAGUUACAUUUUCUACAAUAAAAAAUAAAUAAAAGUGAUAUAUGUAAGAUA